AUGUUAUUUAAUGCCCUUAUUAAGCCAAUUCUUGAGUACUGUUAUACCGUUUAAUUGGGGUAGCUGUUCGUUGUUAACCUUCAAAGGCUAUUACAACUACAAAAACUUAUUUUGGACGCCACCAUAAAUGAUAGCUCGCUUGAACUUAUUGACCAGUUAGUUUGGCUGCCCAUAGACAUUAUACGCGUUAGAAAACUCUUACUGCUACAUAAAGUAAGCCAGGGUCACUGUCCUGAACAUUCUACUUCAUAUUUUAAACAUGUCAGGUCUACACAUGGUUAUCGUACCAGAUCUGCUAUAUACAAUGACGUUCUGACACCAUCAUGUAAAAGAAACUCGGGGCUUAAAUCUUUCCAUUCAAGUGCAGGUCGUCUAUGGAAUAAUUUGGGUAACUCAUACAGGAAACAUUAGGUCCCAUACAAAUUUCAGGAAAAUGCUACAGAACAAUUUUGUCGAGGAAAACUCGUUAUUAGACCAUUUUAA